AUGGGGAUUGGUAGAGAUGGCUUCAUGAGAGCUCUCUUCAAAUCUAACCAUAUGGAGUCUGGAGAGCGGCUGGCCUCCCCAUCGUCAGCCCCGUCCUCCCUGCACAUCACCUCCUCCACUGUCUCCUCCGCCGUCUACUCCCCAGCCCCUGCCCCUGUCUUGGCCAAGACGCCCUCCCUCAAGUGCAGUCUCACCCCCAGCCCUGCCACCCUGGGCUCCCCUCUCACCACCUGUGGAGACUUGUUUCGGGCGGCGGGCGAUCAUCAUUUCAACAUGUCUACGGUCUCAAGUGCCUUUCCCAUCUUCAACCACCCAGCGUUUGGUCUGUACACUACCAGCUCAGGGCACUCAGAGUUUGGAGGCCUGGGGUCCUUGGGGAUGUCUGCUGCCUUGGCUGCUCACUCCCAGCUUGGAGCCUUUCCAGAAUGGUGGAGGGCAGCUGAGGCUCAGGGGCGUGGAGCUGCAGCCUUCUUCCCCCAUCUCCUGGGGCUCCCGCCCAUGUUCCUACCCCAACUCCAGCAGAGCCACGACCCCAGCCCCUUCCAGGCCCGCACCCCCAGCAAGAACGGACGAGCCACUGCCAAAGGAGUGAAUGGAGCAGUGAAUGGCAGCAGUGUCUCCACUGUGUCUGGGGGAAUCUCCACCACCGCCACUACGUUCUCAACACAGGGGAACACUGAGAAACUGAAAGGCACCAACAACGGCAGUGGCAAGAUCCGCAUGAGCCACCAGGACAUGAACCAAGUGAAGGAGAAAACGAAAGAGAAAAAACUUGGCAAGAAACUGGUGGAGGCGUCCAGCAACAGUGACAGCGAAUCAGGGUCCUCCUCUGAUAUCUCCAGCGAAGGCUUGAACAGCAGUGAGUCAGAUGACCUAGACGACGAUGACGACGAUCAGAGCAACGACAGCGACGAUUCUAACUCGGCGAAGGAGAGCGUAAAGAGGAAGAUUAAGGUGCGUUUCAUUGUCACGGCCUGA